CUCUUCGGCAACGUGCUGGUGUGCGCGGCCAUCGUCCGCUACCGGCACCUGAGGAGCAAGGUCACCAACAUCUUCAUCGUGUCCCUGGCCAUCUCGGACCUGCUCGUGGCGCUGCUAGUGAUGCCCUGGAAAGCAGUGGCCGAAGUGGCCGGGUAUUGGCCCUUUGGGGCUUUCUGUAGUGUCUGGGUGGCCUUUGAUAUCAUGUGCUCCACGGCCUCCAUCCUGAACCUCUGCGUGAUUAGCGUGGACAGGUACUGGGCUAUUUCCAGCCCUUUCCGCUAUGAGAGGAAGAUGACCCAAAGGCUGGCCCUGGUGAUGAUUGGCGUGGCCUGGGCUUUGUCUGUGCUCAUCUCCUUCAUCCCUGUCCAGCUCAACUGGCACAAGGGUGGCGAUGUGGCUGCUGCUGGGGAUGUUGGAGGUGGAUCUGACUGGGCAGCAGUGGGUGCUGUAACCACCUGGGCAGAAGACAUGAGCACCACAUGGGUGGCAUUAGCGGCAAUGCGACCCUCUGACGGGACCUCUGGCAGCAAUGAUACCCUUGCUGGACCAGCCGAGAGCUGUGACUCCAGCCUCAACAGGACUUAUGCUAUUUCCUCCUCCCUCAUCAGUUUUUAUAUUCCAGUGGCUAUCAUGAUAGUUACCUACACUCGGAUCUACCGCAUUGCCCAGGUGCAGAUUCGUCGGAUCUCGUCCCUGGAGAGGGCAGCUGAGCAUGCGCAGAGCUGCCGGAGCAACCACAUUGACUGCCACCAUCACACCAGCCUCAAGUCCUCCAUCAGGAAAGAGACCAAGGUGUUGAAGACUCUCUCCAUCAUCAUGGGGGUCUUUGUCUGCUGCUGGCUGCCGUUCUUUAUCUUGAACUGCAUGGUUCCCUUCUGCGAGAGUCCCCGCAGCGACCCCCAUGCUGGUCUUCCCUGCGUCAGUGAGACCACCUUUAAUGUCUUCGUCUGGUUUGGUUGGGCCAACUCCUCUCUCAAUCCCAUUAUCUAUGCCUUCAAUGCUGAUUUUAGGAAGGUCUUCUCCAACCUCCUGGGAUGCAGCCAAUUUUGCUCUAAUACUCCGGUGGAGACUGUUAAUAUAAGCAAUGAGCUUAUCUCUUACAAUCAGGACACCCUUUUCCAUAAGGAGAUAGUGACUGCUUAUGUCAACAUCAUCCCAAAUGUCGUUGAUUGUGAGGAAAAUCGUGAGGACCUUUUUGAUAGGAUGUCCCAGAUCUCCCCUGGUCGUGAGAUUGGCACCGACUCUGUGUGUGAGUUGGACUGCGAGGGGGAGAUUUCGUUAGGCAAAAUAACACCUUUCACUUCUAAUGGUUUACAUUAAAUUGCAUCCUGUCCUGGUCAAAUGUUCUUGUAUUGCACAACAAUAUAUUAGCACUGAAUGGAAAAAUCUGCUUGAUUUUAUGCUAUAGUUCCGUCAGUCAUUUCAUGCUAAACUCCCCUGUACAUGUAGCACUUUGCAAGAUUUAGAUGCUGUCAUACAGAGAGCUGCUAAAACAAACUUAAUUCAGCAAUUCC